CCGACGAUCGCUCCAAAGCUGCAGCCAUGAACGAUCUGGAGCGACAACUUCUGGAAGUCCUGGCAGAUGUCCAAGCUUUGCGUCAAGCCAAUGAGAAGCUGGACAUGAUCCUGACGGCCCGCCUGGGAGGACCCCAAUACAGCGGCCCUCCCUGCGAGCUGGAAACCACAGCUGUGCGCGCUCCUUUGGAAGCGGUGGUGGAAGAGGCGGACGGGGAGAUAGCAAAAGAGGACAGGCUACCUGAGACCGGCCUCACGGCUCCGCGCUUUGGCGCCGACGCCCCGCCCAUCUCGGCAGAGUGGUCGCUGGAGGAUGAAGGAGUUGCUCCACAUCGAGAUGGCAUCGCCUCCUUUCCUUCCUUUCAGGUGGAAGCUUCUUUCCCAGAGGAAUUGCCGGAACAGGAGCCGGAGCCUCCACUGAGCCAGGAGGACGGUGGGUCAAGUGGUGGAAAUACCCAUGACAUCGCAGAUGGGUCUUUUGUAAGGCUUUGA